AUGACAAAGGCACAGACAGAGAAACUAAAACUACUGUUUCGCAACGCUCAUCUCCUUGCCAUUAAAUCGAGGCCUUUCUCUGACUUUCCAGAUUUGUGCAAACUUGACAAAAUGAAGGGUCUGGAUGUGGGAGAUACCUAUCUUAAUGCCAUAUCAGCACGGUCAUUUGUCCAAUCUCCUGAUGCAAAAGGUGUGAGAGGAGAACAGCAAGCAAAGGCCAGAUGCUUUUACAGAGCUGCUACAAGUCUGUCAAUGGUCCAGUAUGCUUGUUUCAUGUAUGAUGUGCUUUUACAGCUAUGCAACUUGUCCAACACUCUUCAGAACCGAAAUGCAAGUGUUGCAGAUGUCCACAACAGUUUGGAAGUGACAAAAAAAAUACUGAUCGCUCUGAAAGAGAGGCCUGUACCUGGGUCACUUCUUCAUUCUAUUCAGUAUGAUGAAGAAGGCACAGCAAGGUUUGAAGGAGUUGAGUUGAAAGGAAAGAAUGAUGCCUUCAAGAGUUCAAAAAAGAAGUUUCUGGAAGCAAUACAGUCCAGCUUUGAAGAUCGCUUUGAAGACAUUGAAGAAGGAGUUCUUCAGGCAACAUCGGUGACAUCCUUCAAAACAUGGCCUGACAAAGAAAACUCAGAAGACUUUGGCAAUGAAGACAUUGUAACUCUGACCAGUCAGUUUCAACCAGUACUAGAGGCACAGGGUGUUAGUUGUAGGGAAAUAGUGAAUGAAUGGACAGUUCUUAAGACUAGUUUGUAUAACAAGAAUGACUGGGAGAAGAAGCUGAAAACGGUCACCUGGCCUGAACUCAACAGAGAAUUCGGAGAUAAAUGUGGCCAUCUUCUGAGUUUGAUGGACUUGAUCCUAACCUUGCCAGUCAGCACAUCAGAAUGUGAAAGAGGCUUUUCCAAAAUGAAGAUGAUCAAAAGUGACUGGCGCUCCUCCCUCAUAACUUCAACAUUGUCAGAUUAA